AUGGAGCGAAGGCUUCAGCUAGUUGUUUACCUCUGCUUGCACCUUGGGAAGAUCCUCCCAGUCCAUGCGGGGACAUGCGUCGUCCCUCCCCCCGGCAUCCUUGAGUUCUGCUCCAUCACUUACCCGUCAGAGCUCGAUCCCCAGGAGUUCCUCAACUUGGACAGGGGCGCGGAGAGGUUUGCGUAUACGCUCUUCUCGCGUUACGGAUGCGAUUCCCUUGCUCAAAACUCUGCUUGCCUGCCCUACGUCUGUGCCAACUACUUCCCGAAAUGCAGCUCCGACGGGAACGUGCCGAUGAAGGUAUGUCGGAGUGAAUGUGUACGGUGCCUGUCUACCUGCCGGUACGAGCGAACGAUCCUACCGCCGGGGAUGUUUCUCAACUACGACGACCUGAUGAACAUCGGCAAGAGGACCAUGACGACGGAUCCGAUGCAGUCCAUCACCUUCGACGAGCAGUACCCGACAUACAAGUGUAGAGCUGAUCGAAAUCUGGUUGGACCUGAGAAGGAGUCUUACUUCUACCAGUUGACUGGCUUUGGCAACCAGAGGAAAUGCACGUCCGGAGCGCGCGGCAAGCAGAUCGUCAUCGAGCUCUUCUUGUCUUCUCGUUGUCUUAGCCUGUCUUAG